AUGCGUUUCUCGUCCAUGGUGGCCAUCGCCCUCUUGGCGCUUGGCGAGACUGGGCUCUGUGAUCGCCAAGAAGGGCAGUCAAAGUUGUUCUCUGGUAGCGUCGCCGGCCGCGCCGCGGUCCUCGUAAGGCAAGAAGUCGAGAAGCCCACAGUCGAAAAGAGACAAAUCAGCUUCGAAAACGGCGGCAUCAGCAUUGGCGGCGCCGGAGGUCUUCAACUAGGUGGCAAAGGCAAAGGCAACAGCAACGGCCAGGCCACGGCGGGUCAGCCCGGCACCAAUGUCGCCGGUAACAGGACUGCCAACAACAAUGCCGGCCUGACCAUUGGUGGCAUCAACCUCGGCGGCGGCAACGUCGGGACCACUGGAGGCAAGGGCAACAACGGAGGAACCGGCAACAGCGCGUUGGACGCUUUCCUGAACGCGGCGAACGGCAAGAAGAAGAACAACGGCACUGCUAAUGCUGGCGAGGGGGCCGCUGCGCCGGGUAAAGCUGCUGGUGGCGAGGGACAAAAGGCUGGUGCUGGUGCUGGGGCUGGGGCUGCUGCCGGCGGUGGAAAGCAAAAGGGCGAGGGCGGUCCUGGAGCCAACCCGGGUGAAGCUGCCAAGGCUGAGCAGGGACUCGGAGCGAACCCUGGUGAGGCUGCAAAGGCCAAUGAAGCCGCGAAGGAAGCUCAACGGAAGGGUGCCGGUGCCGGGCUCGGGGAGGCUAAGCCGGCUGGCGAGGCUCCGCCUGCGAAUGCUGCCGAGGGAGCCAAACCUGCUGGAGGAGCCGCACCUGCUGAGGGGGCGAAGCCUGCGGAGGGAGCAAAGCCUGCCGAAGGAGCUGCUGAGGGACAGCCGAAGGCAGUGAAGGAAUCUGAGCAGUUCAAGGACAAUGCCGGCAUCACCCUCGGUACUGAUGGCCAAGCUCAGAACAUCGGAGGCAAUCUCGGUAUCACAAAGGGUAGCGACGGCAGCACAUCCGUCGGCGGCAAGUCUGGUAUCAACAUCAGCCCUGGCGGCGCUCAGAGACAAGGCAAGGGAAAGGGUAACGGCCAGCAGCAAGCGACGCCGCCGCCUGCCGAGGGACAGCCGGCUGCCCAGCCUCCAGCUGCUGCUCCGGAAGCUCAGCCGGCGACGCCUGCAGCUCCGCCCGCUGCUCCCGCUGCUGAAGCGUGA